CCCUGGCGGCGCGGCGCCGCAGUGAGUUGCGUAACAAAAGCACACUCGGCUCCCGACGCUACGCUGAAAACUUUCGGCCGCACGGCCCGCGCCUACGGGAUGGAGAAACGUAAAAUCAUAUAAAACUUUUCCGCGGUGCGCGCCGUUUGACUCGCUAAAACUCUUCCUAUCUAAUUGGAUAGUCCUGGUCGCGGUCGGAUCGUCGCUUCUGCUUAUUUUUAAGUUGUUAAAGUUUUUCCCGUCAAGUUGACUGUGGCGAAAAGUGAACUGUUGCGGUUUUCGCCGGCCGCUUUUAUAAUAGUGUGGACGUUCUGAGUGUUGUGUUCACUUGCUUUGUUUUUCUUUGCUCGACGGCGAGUGGUGGCGCCCUGGCGGUGGUCUGCUGGUGGGAAUCGAUACUGCGGUGGGAGCGGCGAAGAUAGUUGGCGCGACAUGUUGUGGCGAACAAAGAGGACGCGGGCGGGUUGAUCCAUCUCUCCACAUGCCGACAGAGCUCUGCAGUCAGCAGAAAGAUGUCCUAAUAUGGGUUGGUCAUGCGUCGUGGCACGCGUUGUGGCCAUCUUCCUCAUGCUCAGCCGAGCAUCAGCCCUCACAUCAGACAUAUUUGCAGCGGGAAAGUCGGACAAAGAGAUACUGGACAACCUUCUGAAAAACUCCCGCUAUGACAAAAGACUGCUGCCACCAGUAGAUGAUCCAGAAUUCUGUUGUGGUCUAACUUCGCCCAACGACUCUCUGGCUCAAAAUAAUGUGGGGCUCUCGUCUCUGCGGCCUCGCUCGCACAAUCGUGGUGUCCUCACCGUAAAUGUAAGCGUACUACUUCUUAGCUUAGCCUCUCCAGACGAAUCUAGUCUUAAAUACGAAGUGGAAUUCUUACUUCAGCAGCAGUGGUACGAUCCUCGACUGCGCUAUUCCAACCAGUCCCAUUACGACUUCCUUAACGCCAUCCAUCAUCACGAAGAUAUCUGGUUGCCGGAUACUUAUUUCAUCAUGCACGGUGACUUUAAGGAGUUUUCCCAGCACUCAUGGGACCCGAUAAUACCGAUGCAUUUCGCUUUGCGAAUAUAUCGCAAUGGUACUAUAAACUAUUUGAUGCGGCGGCAUCUCAUCCUGUCGUGUCAGGGACGGCUCAACAUCUUUCCUUUUGAUGACCCAUUGUGUUCAUUUGCCUUAGAAAGUAUAUCGUACGAGCAGUCAGCCAUCACCUACGUGUGGAAGAACGACGAAGACACGCUGCGCAAGUCACCGUCACUGACGACUCUCAAUGCAUACCUCAUCCAGAAUCAAACCAUUCCCUGCCCUAUCAAAGCCAGUUGGAGAGCUGAGGGUAAUUCACUUUACGAGGAAGACGAAGAGAUGACAUGUAAUCUUUGCCAGAGACGCUUUGAGGAGCAAGGUAACUACAGCUGUCUAAAGGUCGACUUAAUAUUUACUAGAGACCGAGCGUUCUACUUUACUACAGUAUUUAUCCCUGGAAUAAUUCUGGUGACCUCUUCCUUCAUCACGUUUUGGCUGGAAUGGAAUGCAGUACCAGCCCGUUCUAUGAUAGGUAAUUACAGCUGCCUCAAAGUGGAUCUUAUCUUCACGCGGGAUAGAUCAUUUUACUUCACCACAGUUUUCAUUCCGGGGAUCAUUUUGGUGACUUCAUCGUUUAUUACUUUUUGGCUGGAAUGGAAUGCAGUGCCUGCUAGAGUAAUGAUAGGUGUAACAACGAUGUUGAAUUUUUUCACUACAUCGAAUGGAUUCAGAUCGACAUUGCCAGUGGUGUCGAACCUGACAGCGAUGAACGUGUGGGACGGCGUGUGCAUGUGUUUUAUCUAUGCGUCCUUACUAGAGUUCGUGUGUGUCAACUACGUGGGUAGGAAACGACCCCUACACAACGUCGUCUACCGACCCGGUGAAAAUCCAGUCACACAGCGAUUGCCUGCAGUCCUGAGCAGAAUUGGCAUUAUACUGGCCAGCCCCUUGGAGGCGAUGGCUUUCCUCCAAUGGGCCAGACAAGAGCCUCAAGUGGAGAGUAGCAGCGCUGGUGAUAAAAAGCGUGAGUCUACAGGAGGAGCGGACCUAGUGUCUUGUACAGCGUGCACGGGUCCCGGCGCCUGCACGCACACCGCCAAUAAUGGCGGCGUCUCGGAGCCAUGUUUCGUCCAGGUUCGCAAAAAAGAACCACCGCACCCGAUCCGCGUGGCGAAGACGAUUGACGUGAUCGCACGGAUCACGUUCCCCACUGCCUACGCCGUGUUUCUCAUCUUCUUCUUCAUUCACUAUAAGGCGUUCUCUUAAUGCUGCCUUCACUUACCGCUGUCGCUGGCCGCUUCGUGUGAACGGACAUUUACUGUGUUUUUCUACUAUUCUUUUACUGCGUCACAAAUAUGUAUGAGAUUACGCUACUCACUCUAUUACAAUACAUAUUUGAUGAUUGUCAACGGUCGAUAAGAAUUGUGAUUAUACCCGUUUAUAGUGAUCGUACUGUUAAGAUAAUUAUAGUUUAAGAGACUUGAAGCAGAAAGCUAACGUCGCAGCUUUCCAUAAUUUAACGUCAAUAAAUUGAAAGAUGUGUGCGAUUUUUCUACAGGUUUUGAAAUAGUUUUCUACAUGUUCAUAGACGGACGUUUAUAAUGUAUAUCUACGCGUAAGAAAUACUUUCUUGUGAAUACACGAAACUUAUGAUAGGAUAAAGAGGGAUCAAAUUAUGUAAUUGUAUGAACAUUCUCGUAUCAACGUGAUCACAUCGGAUUUUGUAUGAAUUUAGAGAGAUCGUCUAGAUUGUCGAACGGCGGAGUUUAUUAUGCCGAGCGCUGCCUUCGAUGCGGAGAAGUAAAGAAAUCUAUUUCAAACCUAAAGACAGACCUAGCGUAUUUUAUUGCUUUUAAGUUAUAUUACUAGUAAGAUAGCAAAAGACAUGAUUACUUUUUAUAUUUAUUAUUAGAUGAUAAUCACCAUAGAUUAGUUUGUCCAAACCAACACCUACAUAUGUUGUGAUAAUUAUAAUGAUAUUUGCUUUGUAAUGGUGAGACGUAGGCUAUAUAUCGUCGUAACAUUUCAAAUAAAAUGAUUAAGUUUCUAAAUAAUAUAAUUCGGAGUAAUGUAAAAAAUAGCUGUAGAUGCAUAGAUGAAGCUCAAGUCAUUAUUAUCUUUAAAUUCUAAUACAUAAUAUUUAAAUACCAAAUGAGUUCACGCUAUUCCAGAGACGUACGAUGGAGUAUACCGAUUGUGUUGAUAUUGUACCAUGAACAUGCCUUCUACAUGUCAAAGAGUUAUUUUUGCCUGAUAUAAUAUUAGUGGUUAAUACAGAAAUUGAUGAAUAUAAUACUGGCUGUAAAUAAUAUUGAAAAUAAAUUACACCUAUCAAUACGUAAGGUAUACUAACCUAAUGAAUAUUGUAACCGAUACUCUUGUAUAAGUAUCGUGAAUAUUGUGCUGUGAGACCAUACCGUCACCCUAUUUGUUGCGUAAGUAGAUAACUUCACCACGUUAAGAUAUUUGUAAUAUUAUUAUAAUAUUGUCCUCUAUCAUCACACUCUAGUUAUACGUAGUGUCCACAAAUGCUAGAAGCCGUUAAUAUUUAGGUAAUUUAUAUUAACAAACUUUUGUCCAAACCGCAAUGCGCUUUAGUUUCCAUAUGUCUGUAGGAUGUGCGUUUGAUUGAUUCGAAUACCUACCUACCUGUCUGUUGAUAUCGACAAAAAAAAAUAUUAUGUACGAUAAUUCAUUUAAUUUUUGACAUCACCGGAAAAUGUCACUGUUAGGCAAAAUACUCGCCGCCAUUAUGGGACAUAAAUGCAAGUGGUCGAUAGGCACACUUCUGCCUGUUCAAGUUUACACACGGCGGCGGGACAUAGGUACGUUUCAAAAACAUAAAGUUAUUCACUGAACACCAUUGAUAUUAUGCCUUUUGCUUGUUAAGAAGUGGACCAAAGAGUCAACUGUUUUGAAAAUUAGAUUUUAUAUCUAAAUUAUUAUAAAACAAUAAAUUAUAAGAAAAAGCGUUUUGGCUGUGCUUUGAAAUCCAAUUAUAUGAAAAACGUAGGGAUGCCUGAUUGAAUUAAUUAAUUAUAAUGUUCUAAUUUAAUUCUGUUUAAAUUCAUUGUAACGGGUGGUCAAAUGCUGAGUACCUGCAGAAAUAAAAAACAACGCUUUUGGCUGUGCGUAAAAUUGCAUCGAUAAUUUUCUAUUUGAAUACGCGAGGUGUCCAUAAUUGUAUAUUAAAAAUAAAAGCUUGGAUGCCUUAUGUACCUAUAAGUACCAAAGUGUAAACUUAGACACAUAAUACCUAAUUUACGACUUAAGAAAUACAGUCAACUUCUUGCAAGCACAGUUAUCCUGCGUAUAUUCUACAAGUCUCACACUUACCUAUCUAAUGUAAAACGUUAUCACCGCUUAACACAGCAACCUAUGUUUUAAUUUUUACACAAUAUUUUGCUACUGAUCUCUUUGAGGAUAAUAAUGCAUAAUAUAUCAAUUAUAGCUGUUUUCUUACGUUAAAAAUAGGUACAUUAAAAUUCAAUGAAUGUUUAAAUACAAUGAGACCAUUCCCUUAAUAUUUGGAUAGAUACAAAGUGAUACUAUUUUAAAUUCGCUACGUUUUUAUAGGUACUAUUUAAAAUGUAAGAUAAAAGUUACAUAUCAUUCGCUUUAUAAGAUUCAACCUUGUACCUAUAAUAUUGUGCUAUCCUGUUGAUAAAAUAUUAUAUAUUCUAUGCUGCCUUUACAUAUGUAUACAUGUAUAAGUUAUACAUUUUAUAUGGGUAGGUAUUGUUUAUUUAUAUUGUUAAGCUCAGUUCCGUUUUGAAAAAGUUCUGCCAAUCUUUAUAAAUUGCUGAUCACAAUUAUUUGGAAAAUUAAUUACGGAUCUUGAACUACUUGGAACUGAACCACUUUUAUAUUUUGUAUUUAUGGUGCACUACUCGCUUCCCUCCAUUAAACUAUGCUUAUGAUCACAACCUUUGUAUUCCCUACUUUGGUGCUUGUUUGUAAAUUAAAUCUUGUUAAUUUUUAUCACUGAUUAUUUGGGCUGAGUCCAAAAUAUGAACUGUUAAUUUUAUUUAUCGAGUCUAAAUUACUCCUUAUUGUUCUACAUUUAAGCUGUUGUUCUCUAUAAAUUUUAUGUUAAGGGAGAGAUAAUUGCCAACAGGUGUAUCUAUUUGGAAAAUCUCUUGUUCUAAUGAGUUGUUAUUGUUGUCUAUGAAUAAUAUAAAAUGUUAAUAAAUUAUUUCGAUUUAUAUCUAGAUUAUGUUAAAUAAAAAUCGAGAGACAUCUGGUAUUGUUAAGUACUUUCUAAAAUAAGUUUCUACACCUCCUGUUUAAAUUAAUAAAAUAUGGUAAUAAGUAUUUAUGAACGUUUAUUUUUCUAUGAUAUAUCUUGUUCACAUUUUUCUAGUCAUUUUUGUCAGUGAAAACUGGACCUCACAACUAGAAAAAUUAUAACCUACAAUGCUUCGCUGGAAAUGAGAGAUUAGGCUAAUAAAGCCGCUUAAUUAUAGGUAUUAAUUAAGCAACUUUAAUUAAUAUAUAGGGACUUAUGUACAAUAUAAUAUGCUGUACCAUAAAAACAAUAAGAUGAGUAGAUUCUUCAGAAAAGCUUAUAAGAAGGUUGGUUGCCCAUUUAAGAUUUAAGUGCAAAAGCUACGUAGUUACCAAACCACGUGAGAACGUUUCUAGGGGAGGUAAAUUUUGAAACAAGCUACGGUACUACACCAGCUACUGUGUUAAGGACGAAAUACGCGAUUAACUCAAUCACAAAAAUUUUACUUGAAGUUCUUAUCUUCUUAUCUUCUUCUUAUCUUAUCUUAAAGUGUCUUAAACUGUCUAAGAUUACUUGUUUUUAAAAUAAGUAAAAAUAUUUAACUUCUGAUUCAAGUAAGUAUUCAUAUAAUUCACGUACCUACACGAAGGUAGAACCGAUUGUAAUUGGUGCAUAACACAGUCGCUGUAACAGACUUUAAGCAAUUUCCCAUUAUCCUGAUUUCCUCAGUAGAAUCGAUGUUCACCAUCGACAAAGUCCUUCGUUAUGUUUUAAAUAAAGUCGUUACUUUUCUUUGAUUACAUAAAAUGGGUUAAAUAAAUAUAAAUUGAACAAUACAUUUUAAUAAUAGGUACAAUUAUAAUUAGGUAAUAACCUCCAUAUUUAAAACGUACAAAUGAUAAAAAAAUAAGAGAAUUUUGAAUCAUUAAAGUUAAGACACACUUACCUAAUUGCAAAUAAUUUAAUGACUUAGAAAGUGUUCAAAAUAAUAAUUUGCAAAUUAUAGAAGUACCUACUAGCAAAUAUGGAAAACCCUAGCACAUUCCGUUGCUGGUUUUUGCAUCUUAAUACCUAUAUAUAUUUGUAGAUAUAUUGUAUAGCUUAAUUUUAAUUAGUAUAGAGAUUAAGAAUUGAUUGUCAACAUUUGAUGCAUGAAAAGACACUAGUGAGAUACCUAACUAAUAACAAUGAAACUCUUCUGUAUUAAAAAUAUUGUUAUUCAUUGUUUAUAAAUAAUAUUGUACCUAAUCGUAAUAAUUGAUUCUGUAUUAUUUCAAGCCGUGACGUGUUAAACCUACCUACAAUAAAAUUGACUUUUGAAAAAAGCAACUGGCAUUAGUUGCUUUGGAUAUAAGGAUAACCUUUUGAAGUAGAAAAAGACCAUCUAUAAAAGGAUGACAAAUAGUCUCAAUUUAAUUAGCCCAACAUCAUAUUCUUUAUAAGUCAAGUUCGCCAUUGCACUAAAACGUACAAGCUUAGGUAGUGUUUAGACGCGACACUUAACGAGUGGUAGGUAGGCGAAUACCUACCCAAAUGUUAAUAUUAUAUGAAAGUGACAUAAGAUAUGUACCAUAAUUGCCUACCAAUUUGAGAUUACAAUUUCCUGAAUCAUUUUGAGUUUCUGAAAGAUCCUCUUGAACCAAGAGUUAGUUUAUAGGUAUAAGCAAAUAGAACCUUCAGUAGCAACCUAAAUACCAGACUUUUCCACACCUUUGAUUGAGUACGAUCCCGGGACCAAAAUAAUUUCUAAAUUUCUUCAAUCCUUUUCUGAUGAUAAUAUUUUAUCUAAAAAUACACCGGCCUUUUUUAAGAUCACGUCGGUUUAAAUAUCAGAGGUUAGAUUUUUCAACCUAUUAAUUUUAGUUUAAAAAAAAAAUGACGGAAGAAAAUAACUAGUACCUGUAGAAACAAUUGGUUUCCUUUUUCUUGGAAUAAGAACCUAAGCAGGUACCGAACAUCAAACAUAACUGUAGCGAAUUAAAGCGACUUUACAUUUGGCCUUAACUUAAAAUUUGCAAUAAACAAAUUUUUUUUCAAUAUUCAUGAAUGUGCCCCACGAAACCGUUUACCUACCUUUUUAUUUCUUAGCAGAAUUUUACCAAAAAUGUAGAAUAGUAAGUACAGCUGAUACCUAAUUGUUGCCUGAUUGCCAUUUUUGACUGUUUUUGGGUUUAAUGUUCAAUGACCAUAGAAUCUGAAAAAGAAAAAACAUUAAAAAUACUGCGUUUAUUAAAGUACCUACUUUGACACUGAAACUAUAAAACAAGUUACCCAAUUUUGCUUGGAAUAGUUGGUAUUUAGUAUCAAAGCAAUCAGGGAAAUUAUAUAAAAUAGAAAUUAACUAACAUUAUAGCAUAAUAAAUUCGUUAUUUUUCUUAUGUUCAAUGCAAUGUAUCUCCUUCAAUAGUUAUAUAAUAUGAAUAAUUUUUAUUGAAAAUGUUACAAAUUCACAAUAAAGUACCCAUUAUUUGUGCCUGCAAUUAGAUUGUUAAUAAGGAGCUAAAUACAAUGUUUAGGCACUUGUACCUAGAUACAUUUAGAAUAUAUUUGUACCUGCCACCUAUACCUAUGCCUCACAAUUGUUUGUAUUUAAAGCCGACCUACUGCUGUUUGGGUUAUGGUAUAUAAGUCCUUAAUUAGGUACAAACUGUUUUGUUAUGCCACUAGAUAUUUGCUGAGUCAAUAAACACCGUUUGCUUUUGUAAAUACUAUAAUGUCAGCCCGCUGACCGCCCGUUCGUAUUGUAUUAUGGCAUUGUAAAUAAUUUUAAUGUAAAAUUUAUGAAUUACAAUUUUCAUCAAAUAAAAACACAAAUUCGA